CUAUAGUACAAAAUACACUGCUAAUGAGUAAUACAUUAUUUAAACAAGUGUCCCUCCUAUUUACCUUCAUUAUUUAACAGUUAAGUAAAUUAAUGCAGCAGAAAAACACUCCUGGAGCUAAUUAGUAAUGAUAAUUAGAUGUUUCUCUAUGGCAUUUGUGAGGGUUCCAGAAAAAAAAUUUCACCCUGGAAACAAAAAGAAAACACCAUGUUUCUCAAGAGUCGUUAUAAGCUUUUCGAAUUGUAACCGACCCUUUGUUCCCCAGUGAAGAAACUGGUACGGCAACCGCUGCCCCAGCAGCUUCCGUACAAGAUGGCGCCGCCCACUUGCUCACCCCGGCGGGGAUGACGUCCCCCCGAGCCCGUCGCAGGACCGGAAGUGGUUUCGGCCCUAGUGGAUCCGGGUGGGUGCGCGCAGGUGGCCGCGGAGGUUCCAGCUCCUCAGCGUGAGGCGCCGCAGGUGUGCGGGUGGGAUCCGGGCCACAGACUGUGGGAUUAGUGAUAUGCUUUCCUAAACAGCAGCAAAGUUGAAGAUGUCUAGACACUUGGUGGCUUUGACAGUGACCACUCUUCUUGGUGCGGCAGUGGGGGCAUUUGUCCUGUGGAAAGGCAUCCAGCGCCGGAGGAAUAGGAGCAGCCGUGGAGCCUGGCGGCGGCGGCAGCAGCAGCAGCAGCAGCAGCAGCAGCAGCACCAGCUGCAGCAACACCAGCACCAGCAGCAGCAGCAGCAGCAGCAGCAGCAAGCUCCAAGCAGGACCGAGCUGCCCCCGCCAGAAGUGGACCAGUUGCCUUCCAGUGCCCCCAGAGCCUCAUGGGAGGAGAGGAUCCUGGAAGCAAAGGUGGUCACUGUGUCUCAGGAGGCAGAGUGGGAUCAAGUUGAACCCUUGCUUAGGAGUGGGUUAGAAGAUAUUCCAGUACUUGGAAUCGACUGUGAGUGGCAAGUGGACUUCCCCUGA